GUCCCAUAUAUUCCUCGUGCUUCAACUCAAGCACCCUCUAGUAUUAAAUGUUAAUUAAAGCAAUUUAAAAUAAUGAAAAAAAGAUAAGCCUUGUGGAGAGAGAUGUAUAGAUAAUAGAGACGCCGAGGGAAGAAGGAAGAACAUCAAACCAUAUAUAUAUAUAUAUAUAUAUAGAGAGAGAGAGAGAGAAAGAGGAAUAGAUUCAGAGCUUCCUCAAGCUGAGUACCCUGGGAAAAUUCAAUCUUUGGUCCGACUUUUUUUUUUUUGUUUUUGUUUCCCCUUUUUGGUUUUCAAGGCCCUGGAUUUAGUUAUAGUUAAUUUCUGUUUGUUGUUGGCAACAACGGUGACUAUGUCGACCUCGUCGGAAAUUGCUGAACUUUCCGGUCAAAAACCUUUGAAGAUGCAGGAGAAGCCCAGCUUCUCUCAGAAGUGUAGCAUGUUGAGUCAGUACCUGAAGGAGAACGGUAGCUUUGGAGAUCUCUGCCUUGGGAUGACAUGCAACAUGGAACAACAGAAUGAGACCCCUGAGAUUUUCCGUCAGACUGCAUCAACAAUGAAUUUUUUCCCAAUCGUGGAAAAAUCAAGAAACACGGCAACGCCCAGAGACGUUAAAUCCAUGAAUUUGUUCCCUCAACAAUCUGGAUUUGGUCCUUCUCAUCCCAAAGAAGUUCCGCACGGGAUGUCUGAUUCUUGCGUGAACAAGUCUGCCCCAGCACAGCCAGAGAAAGCACAAAUGACUAUCUUUUAUGGUGGACAAGUAAUUGUCUUUAACGAUUUUCCGGCUGAGAAGGCCAAGGAAGUCAUGCUCUUGGCAAGCAAGGAAAGCCCCCAGAGCCACGCCACUUAUCCUUGUAAUCCAGUUAGCAGCAACGGCGGUGCCUUUCCGUCCCAAUUGUCCAGGAAUUCAGUUGAUUCGGGCAGUUCAAUCCCUCCAAACCCAAAUGUUGUUCCUAAUUUUGGUAAUCAAACUGUUAAAGACUCUGCCUCCCAACCAAACUCUGGACCAAUCGUUUGUGAUCUACCUAUUGCUAGGAAGGCUUCACUUCAUAGAUUCUUGGAGAAGAGGAAGGAUAGAAUUGGAGCCAAGGCACCGUACCAAAUCAGCAGCCCAGCAGCUGCCCCAGCAAAGCAAGCUGAAAGCAAGUCAUGGCUAGGCUUGGCUGCGCAAUCAACACAGUAGAUUUGUGCAUCAAUUAUAUGAAAUUAUUAGUCUUUCAUUGUUUAGCCUGGUACCCCUUUUUGAUUUUGGUGGGUUUUAACCUGCUAAAAUUUUCCGAAUGUCUUUUUUUUUUUUUCCCCUUAAAAAAGAAAAAAAAUCUGUUUUCCGGGUUGGCUUGACAGAGUCUGCCUUAGAUCUAACUGUUGAUCAAUCUUAGAUUCUGUAAUUAAUUUUAAUCGAAAUAAUUCAAUUACUAAUA